UUCAAACUACAGCUACGCAAUAUAGAUGUUACGAACCUGAGAACGGGGGCGGACGCAGUUUAUGAGGAAGGUAAUUACAAGAACAAUUACGGUCAGCAAACGGGACACUUCAUAAGGACCAAUGGGCUCCGCCACCCCGCACGUCACGUGAUCCCAUGGCGGGCGAAGCCGUCGCCGUACAUGAAGAGGUGGUGGGACGAGGACCUCACGGCGCUGCGGAAGUCGUACACGUACUGGAGAAACCGGGCGUGCACAAUGAGACGGCAGGGACGCGUGGACGCAGAGCUGUUCGACACGGCCACACGAGCGAAGAGACUCUUCCACCGGACCGUUCGACGGCACCGGAAGCAGCACUGGGAAGCGUUCCUCGACGACAGCGACAACGUGUGGAAAGCGGCCAAGUACCUGGAAUCGCAGGCGAGCAGCGCGUUUGCUAGGGUCCCGCCGAUCAAGAAAGCGAGCGGGACGGGAGAGGUGGCCACGGAGAAUGAAGAGAUUGGAGAAGAGCUGCUGCGGGCGUUCUUCCCGACCCCACCGCUAUGCGAACCGGAAGAAAUUCCCACGGCUUACGAUCAAUUGCACUGCGAGCCAAUCUUCAAGCACGAGGUGAAAGCAGCCGUCUUCAGGGCGAGCCCAGACAAAGCGCCGGGCAGAGAUGGGAUACCCGCGCGGGUGUGGAGAGAGGUGUCGCCCGUCCUGGGCGACGAGAUUACGUUGCUGUUCGUUCGCUCGCUCGAGACGGGGAAGGUGCCGAAGGAGUGGAAGAUUGCGAAGAUCGUGCCGCUGCAGAAGCCGAAGCGGAGGGACUACACGGUGGCCAACAACUACCGACCCAUCUCGCUCCUCCCCACGCUGGGCAAGGCGCUUGAGUCGUUGAUAGCAGAAAGGAUAGCGUACCUGGUGGAGGAGCACGGACUCCUGCCCAAAACACACUUUGGGGCGCCGAUUUGA